AUGGGAACAGCCUUUAGUGCGGAGGUCAGCGACACGCGGGAGUUGGCAAACGCCUUCUUGGAUACAUUUGGCCGCGAAUAUGAGAAACUUUAUGUGUGGGAGAUGGUCCAGCAUGUGCGGCGGGCCAUGCAGCGGGAGGCGGAAACCAGCGGAGCCGCAGAGGCCGUCUGGCGAUUAUACUUCGCCCCUUAUAUUCCUGUGCAGAUGAAUGAUCGUGAUAGUGUGAUGGCAGCCAAGUUAAGUAAACACCUAAAACACUGGAAUCCACGUUAUUUUGUGCUCCGCGGUGAUUUUCUCCUCAACUACUAUGAAUCUCGUAAUAAUCAUGUAGAUGGGAAACCACCACUGGGAACAGUGAACUUGGGUUCUGUGGUGAUUAACCGUGAUGCCACACAAGCAGCAGAGGAGCGACUCGAUAAACUUGCCGCUCUUUGCUCUACACCACGUACAGAGAUCUCAGCAGAACCAGAAAAGUAUCCCGAUAUGACAGUGGAAUUAUAUCAUCCUCGACGAGGCUCUAUUUAUCUACAAUUUCCUAUGAAAGACCGAUAUGAGAUGUGGUGUAAUAUUUUUGAAAGAGUUCACUGGUUAAUACCGCGAGUCUUUACAAUGGAUGGAAUGCAUCGACGUGCAUUUAUUGAAGCCUUUCGUCGGGCACGUGUUAUGUGUGGAUUGCCAGACUCUCUGGAGUUUAGCGGUCCUGAAACAACAUCUCUACAAGAUGCUGUCACUGAACUUGUGGAUACUAAAGUUGUACCCAAACUUCUUAUCAAGUUAUCUAGUAAAUCCUGGAGAGAUCGAAUUUCACAAUUACAUUCUUUUCAAGAAAAAACAGAUGAAUUAUUAAAAAACUAUGUAUCAGGAAAGUGGCAUGCAAUACAAGGAAGGUCAUGUGGACGUCGUGUACUCAUAGAAGCAAGAGUACGUGACAAUAUGGAAGGAAUUAAUGCAUUUGAAGAACCACUUCGUGAAGAGAUGCAUAACUACACUUGUAAAGAGACUCUAGCAUUUAUUGCCGAAUAUAUAGAACCACCAUUAAGAGAGUUAGCAGCUCUUGUAGCUCCACGUUUACGUCAAGUGUAUGCCAGUGUACCAAGAUUAUAUGAGGCAUGUGUAUCUCAAGGGAAAGUACACUAUGAGGCACGAGAGGAUCGUAUGUUUCUUGUUUCCAAAUACAAUAGUAUUGGUGAAUGUUAUGAAUGCGAAAGAGAAUUAUGGGAGUUGCGAGAUGUUGUUGCGGCACAGAAGGCGAAAUUUAAUGGUAGAGUCUUUGAAUGGCUUGUUUUACAAGAUAGUGUUAUCCGUAUUCUACGUCGGGUCAUUGCGAACAGUAUCUUUACAUUUGAAACGGUGUUUGAACAGAACAAAAUGCAACGACCAUGGGAUGAUGCCUUUCGUGAAGUACGUACUUUAGUAGAAGCGGAUAGUCGCACUAUGACCCCAUACGCCUUAUCACUAUUACUAUACAAUACAGCUGUACACUAUUUCUGUGAUGAACAUGUACAUCCAUCCCUUGUGCGUCUCAAGGCGGUGAUGAUUACACCACUUGAGAAUCGUGUAACGGAGGAAUUACGUCCAUUUAUUCCAAGUAUACAAGAAAUAGUUGUGGAUGUUCUUCUUGGGGAUCUGCGCGAUGUAUGCCGCAGUAUUGCUGAGAGUGCUCUCGCAGCUGCAUAG